CUGCCAGGAAGAGCUGCUGCCAUUUCUGGGCGGGAAAGGGAAUCUGCUGUGAUUCUUCAUUUGCUAACCACCGCGUCGUGCUUCAUCCCGUUCUCUCUCUUCAACAAAAAAGUUUUCCAGGCCGGUUCAGCUCCCCCAACCCACGAACAAUCCGCCCUGCAGCAGCCUCGUCCAAAACCUUGUCUUAGCUUCUGUUGGGGCGCCUGCAGCUGGCUACUACCACCUGAACCCCUGCUUACCGUUUCACCCAACUGCAGCGCAACCACCACGUCCUCCUUCUUCCUCUUUCAACAAUCGCCGCUCCUCCACGACAUGUUCGCGUUGGACACCGGGAACUACUGAGUCUAGAGAAGCUGUACGAGUCGUCAGAUGGCUUCGCUUGCUGCCAAAGCUGGCCGCCUGCCAACCCGUGCCGCCGUUAAGCUUGCCGCCGACCACGCGCCUGCCAAAGGUGUUGCUGGUGCUGCCGCUCAAGUAGCUGGAGUACGAGCAUUGUCUACCGUGGAACAAGAAUCAGCUGCUACUGAUGAAGCUUUGGCUGCCGUCACGGAGUUUUCUACCGGCCGCAAUGCCGCACAUCAGCGAUCAGUGCCCCGUCCGGCGCUGGCUGCCGCCGUUCCAAUCGACUCGUCGCGCAUGAACGCCAGGAACCGCAACUUCCACACAUACUUUGUCACACAUCUACCUUCUUCUUCUAUGCAUCCUGAUGCGCGAAUCAUGGGUCCCGGCCACAAACUGCCUCGCGACGCCUCCACGCCUCAUACUCCCGACCCUGGCGCCGGCCCAGCCGUCAGGUUGCCAAACAUGCCUUCGAGGGACCUGACAGUCGUGCGCAUACCGCUACGCAGGGCCAAACACCAUUUUGGUUCUGCCUGCUCGCGUGGAAGUCGCCCGUAUAACGAAGACACAGAUCAGGCGGGCAUCAUCAACAUCCCCGCCUUUGCCAAGCGCGCCCCCAUGAGCGUCCAGCACAAGCCUGGCGAGCCCAGGUCUGCCGACAAUGCUAUGGGCGAUCCACAAACGUUUUAUUUCGGUGUAUUCGACGGUCAUGGAGGAACCCAGUGCUCGCAUUUCUUGCGCGACGAGCUCCAUGGCUAUAUCGAAGAAGCAGCUACCAUAUUCGGCCUCAAGAGCAGCCUGCGCAAGCGGAAACCCGGUAGGGUCGAAAAGCCGACGAUAACAAAAGAAGAAGCACUUCAAUCCGUGCGAAUGAAGCAACCUGAAAGCGUUGCGAAAGAAGUUGAAGAAGCCCUUAACCCCGAGGAAGACGAUGGAAAUGUUAUGAAGAAGUCCUCCCCAGUGCACGGCAAACCACUACAAAGCGAACACGCCGUGCCAGCUAAACUGCAAGACUACCACAAAGCGAUGCAGCUUGAGCGAGAUCUUGUCAAAGAAUACGCCGACACAAUAGGAGGAUACUUUCGACGGUUCAACCCCGAGCACUUUGACAUCAAAGACGAAAACUCCCCUAGCCAGUCAGUAGUGUCUGCCGAGAGUGCACUGACGUAUGCCUUUCUCCGUGCCGAUCUCGACUUUGUCACCGCACAAGCUAGAAAAGCAGACCCAGACGACUCGAGAAUAAGCGACACGCCGCUCAACAACGACGAGAUCCUCGGCGCCCCUCAUGCGCCCCCUUCAGGCCAUGGCAUUGGCGGCGCGAUCCGCUUCAAAGGCGGCUCAACCGCCUCUAUAGCCCUCAUCUCAACACCAACAGCCACUCCCUUCUGGCACCCAGGAGCCCACUCGACACUCUUGGUUGCUCAUGUCGGCGACAGCAGAAUCCUCCUCUGUGACACAGCAACCGGCCUCCCCCAGGCCCUUACCUCCGACCACCACCCGAGUACGCCGACCGAGAGUAGACGUUUGCGCCGCUACGCGCCCGCCGGUUCCAUGGUGUCCGGCGACAGUUUCGGCGAGGAGCGUAUUGCCGGACUAGCCAACAGCCGCGCCUUUGGCGACAUUAAGAGCAAGAGAAUCGGCGUGUCAGCCGAACCAGAAAUCACACGCGUCGAGCUCGGCCCAGCUCAGUACUCUUUCCUCGUCUUGAUGAGCGACGGCAUCUCCGGCACACUCAGCGACCAGGAAAUCGUCGAUGUAAUCAAGGAGGCCAAGACCCCCGAAGAGGGCGCAAAGGCUGUCGUUGACUACGCUACAGAAGUAUCCAGUGAUGGCGAUAAUGCCACCUGCCAAGUCGUGCGCCUGGGCGGCUGGGAGAGACGUUCUGAGGGAGGUCUGGGUAGCAUGGGCACCAAGGAAGUCCGUGACAUGCGUCUAGCAGAAUCUCAAGACCCCCGACGUGGAAAGAGAUAGAGGUAGCAGAAGAGGCUGGUUCCGUUAAUACAUGUACAUACAGCUCACCUUUUCUGGGAGUUUUUUGCAUCUGGUCACAUUGGCGUUUUUGUUUACUUGCAAUAAAGCAGCAGCACAGAAUGGCAUACAAUAUAGCUAUGCCGUGGUACAGUCAA